AUGCUGUUCCGCAGUUUACUCUCCACGGCUGUUCUAGCCGUCUCAUUAUGCGCAGACAAUGUGUCUGCUGCCAAACUUGGCCGAUUCGCUCAAAGAACUCGCGACGCUAAACCGGCGAAGCGUGCAGCGGAGCUUGCUAAGAAGUCGCACUCAACGCCCGUUGAAGACUACCGGUUCUACAAUAAUGCAACGGAGUCCUAUCGUGUGAAAAGCCUCCCUGAUGUUCAUUACGACAUUGGUGAGACGUACUCGGGCUUGAUCCCUAUCGAGAAGGGUGACUCAUCGAGAGCUCUUUUCUUUGUCUUCCAGCCUACCGUUGGUGAGCCUGUGGAUGAAAUCACUAUCUGGUUGAAUGGCGGCCCAGGCUGCUCGUCUCUGGAGGGCUUUCUCCAAGAGAAUGGACGGUUCACCUGGCAGCCUGGAACAUAUCUGCCGGUUGAGAACAAGUACUCUUGGGUGAACUUGACUAAUGUGUUAUGGGUCGAUCAACCUGUCGGCACCGGCUUUUCUGUUGGCACGCCGACUGCAGUGUCGGAGGAAGAAAUUGCACAAGACUUCAUCAAGUUCUUCAAGAACUGGCAGCAGACCUUUGGCAUCAAGAACUUCAAGAUUUACGUGACUGGCGAGAGCUAUGCUGGCCGCUAUGUCCCUUACAUCUCCGCUGCCAUGCUGGACGAAAAGGAUAAGGAGUACUUUGACCUGAAGGGAGCAUUGACCUACGAUCCUGUUAUCGGGCAGUUUGACUAUGUUCAGACCGAUGCCCCUAUCGUGCCCUACGUGCAGGAGAACAAGGUUCUCUUCAACUUCAACGCGAGCUUCUUGGCCGAGCUGGAGCAGCGCCACGAGUCCUGCGGGUACAAAUCCUUCAUCGACGAGUAUCUCGCCUUCCCCGCCAGCGGUGUCCAGCCUCCCAAGAGCAUGGACUCCCUGAACGAUUGCGACCUCUGGGACCUGGUCAAUGAAGAGGUCCUCGGCAACAACCCUUGCUUCAACCCCUACGCGAUCAACGAAAACUGUCCCAUCCUCUGGGACGUGCUAGGCUUCCCGACCGAGGCCGACUACGUUCCCGCGGGGGCGUCGAUCUAUUUCGACCGGUCCGACGUGAAACGCGCCCUCCACGCGCCCGCCAAUAUCACCUGGUCCGAGUGCUCCAACGAGAGCGUCUUCGUGGGCAGGGGCGGUCCCGAGGGCGAGGGUGACCUGUCCGCGAACCCGAUCGAGCACGUCCUGCCGCAGGUAAUUGAGGGCACGAACCGUGUGCUGAUCUCCAACGGCGACUACGACAUGGUCAUCCUCACGACCGGCACCCUCCUCGCGAUCCAGAAUAUGACCUGGAACGGCAAGCUGGGAUUCGAGGCCGAGCCCGCCACUCCGAUCCAGAUCGACCUGCCGGACCUCCAGUGGGACCCGAUCGUGGGCACCACCGGCGGCCAGGGCGACAUGGGCGUCCAGCACUACGAGCGCGGGCUGAUGUGGGCGCAGACGUACCAGAGUGGGCACAUGCAGCCGCAGUACCAGCCUCGCGUGUCGUAUAGACACCUGCAGUGGCUGUUGGGGAGAAUCGACAAGUUGUAG